GACCGCCAAACGAAAUCGAUACUGAGCGACGACAGCGCUCGUGAGCCUUCUCACGCCGACAUGUGAUCAUUAGCAUAUGCUGCGUAAUACCACAACUUCAUCUUCAUGAAGAAAAGAAAGAAAAUAUAAGUAUAUACGUUAUAUUCACAGGAACACGCGCGCACAUUAAAUGGACAUAUGUACGGUGCUUGUAUCAAAUCAUCAACUGCAAGUAAGAUCCAAGUGACAGCGUUAACUGGAACCAAUGACUGUAACUACAUCUGUUCGCCAACAGAAAAAUUGUACGCAUGCGUAAAAAUUCGAUCGAAGAGUUGAUCAGCAAAAUCCAAUCAGGAAUGAUCGUCAAAUCGCAAGUUGGACGAAGAAUGCUAUUCACCACGAGAUAUGCUAAUUUCUGGGUAAAAAUACUUGAGAAAAAAAAGAAGAAGAAACCGUUGGCGUCAGAGGUCUUAACGAGCUACCUAUUGCAAACCGGCGAGCCCCCCUGGACUUCGUACUUUGUCCGGUACGCCGACGUGGUGAACGAUCAACGGGGAAUGUCACACUUCAAUUGGCCGGCGGGCGACAGUAAUUACCACGUGCUUAGGACCGGCUGUUUCCCGUACAUCAAGUAUCAUUGCAGCAAACGACCGGCGCAGGACCUCAGCGACGAGGACAGAUUCUUCAAGGCGAUCAAGAUAUUGAACCUUGGUAUCCCCACCUUGAUGUACGGACUGGCGGCGACGCAGCUUAUCCGACACCACGAGAUCGUGAAGACGCCUCAAGGCGACGUGACAAUCCACUUCUUGCUACCGGAGGACAAAGGCGCGCCACACUAAGAUCGCGACUAGCAUCGAUAUUAAUAUUAAUAUCUAUUCGAGUUUCCCAUGUCUCACGAUGGACUUUAAUGACGGACUUAAUGAAAUACGAAGCCGUACCGAACGAUUGUUACAUGUUUUUUAAUUUACCACGUCGUGAUGUUACUUAUUAAUCCGGCGAAUCCUCAAAUACGGAAUGAGGAGGGAAUCAAGCAGCCAGUUUUGUCAUUAACUUUCUUAAUUGAAAAAAUAGAGAAUAAUGAUCCGAGACGGUUUUCUACACAAAGAAAUGCGACAACUAUAUCUGUUAUUGAACAGAUAGUUAAUCUAUAGCUUGAUCAAAAUCACAAUUAGAUAGUAAGAUCUUAAUAAACAAUAUGACAAAAUGCAAAAUGGCAUUGCUUUCCAAUAAAAGAAAUGUAUUUUGAAAUUUUUCUCAAUACACUUGAGAGAAUAGCACGUGCCAGUCUCUGCAGAUCUUAUUAAUCAAUUAAGAUCAGGAAGGCGUUUAUUAGCGACAAGAUCAGUCGCGUGUGAAUUUACGGGUAAUUGACGGUUUCAGGUCAAACUUCGAAGGGUUUAAAUAGGAACGCUUUUACAUGCUUCGACGACGCGCCGAUAAGACAUGAAGUCUUAUUUAAUGAGAACAGCCGCGGGCGAUUCGCACCUAGAACAAGGUGCGAACGCGCAUAGUUAACAUUAAAGCGGCUUUCUAAUUAGCUACUACUCGCGUUUCCCGGCUUGAUGAUGCAUUAAUUUUGUCGACUCGUUUAUCCGCCCCGAACUUGUUUGCAUGGAGAACGUAACGUACGAUAAUGAAAGCUCCCGUUGCCGACCGUUGGCAUUAAGUCCGCGAUUUAUACGAGUGUCGAACGCGACGCAUAAUAAUUCGUUAUAAUUAUUAUGGCUAUGGAUGGAUUACGAUUGGCGAGCGAACAUCCCCUUAUUCGAAUCGAUCGAUAUGCCGGAUAUAUCGCAGUAAGAUAAGUCACUUCUAAAGGACACGCUCCGUCAAUUACAGAUGCGAUUGCACAUUGCCCGUAACCCUCGGCGACGUGCGCAAAGCGUGCAGCUGUUCAAAAUAAACGUGAUCUGAACUUGGUGAAGUAUCCUUCGUAAGAUAUACUCAUGAGAUUUGACUCGCAAAUAUUCCUUUAUAGCUUUAAGAUGCGUUUAUAAAUUCAUAAUUAUACAUUCAAUUUUCGUAUAGCUCAUAAUUUAACAUUAUAAUUAUUUCCGAUCUCUCUUGUGAAUAAUACUUUGUGAAAAAUUUUAUGGAAUAGAAGUACAAAUCUUGAAUUUUUUAUCACAUUUAUAAAUUCAUGAUUUUUAUCUUUAUUAUAAUAACAAUAUAAUUUUUGGUUUUAUUAAUUUUACCAAGUUUAGAUUUGAGAUAUUUUGAAAUGAUGAAAUAUGGCUCAAAAUGAUGGAAUAUGCAUAAUAGUUGCAAUUACUUGUAUCAUUAAUUGUAAAAUUUUGUUCUAGCUAGUAAUAUCUUGAUUAUACCCUAUCAAAAUAUAUAUAUUAAUAA